CCCGGAGCGCUGGCGGCGGCGACGGCGGCGGCGGGAAGCGGCCUCCUCGUCGGGUCCUCCCCCGCAGGCCAGCCCCCCCCCGGCCCUCUUUCCGUUCCGCGCGGCUGGUUCCGGGUCCUGUGACCCGUCAGGCGGUGGCGCGGGCGCACGGCGGCCGGCCUCGGGGACGUUGCGACGGCCGGCGGGGGCUCCGCAGGCGCGCGGGGACAGCGCGACAGGGCGGGGGCCCCGGCGCGGAGCCCGAGCUCGCGGGGAGAGGGGGGCGGCCGGCUCGAGCGGGGCCGGGGGGGGCGCUCAUGGCGGGCGGGGGACCCGGAGACCCGGGCCAGGGGGCGGCGGGGGCCGCUGCGCCCGAGACCCGCGAGCACCUCUUCAAGGUGCUGGUCAUCGGUGAGCUCGGCGUGGGCAAGACCAGCAUCAUCAAGCGCUACGUCCACCAGCUCUUCUCCCAGCACUACAGGGCCACCAUCGGGGUGGACUUCGCCCUCAAGGUCCUCAACUGGGACAACCGGACGCUGGUGCGCCUGCAGCUCUGGGACAUCGCGGGGCAAGAGCGGUUUGGCAACAUGACCCGAGUAUACUACAAAGAGGCUGUUGGUGCUUUUGUAGUCUUUGAUAUAUCGAGAAGUUCCACAUUUGAGGCCGUCUUAAAAUGGAAAAGUGAUCUGGAUAGUAAAGUCCACCUUCCAAAUGGCAGCCCUAUUCCUGCUGUCCUCUUAGCUAAUAAAUGUGACCAAAAAAAGGAUGGUGGCCAGAAUCCUCCCCAGAUGGACCAAUUCUGCAAAGAACAUGGUUUCACUGGAUGGUUUGAAACCUCUGCAAAGGAUAAUGUAAACAUCGAUGAAGCAGCCCGGUUCCUCGUGGAGAAUAUUCUUGCAAACCAACAAAGCUUUCCAAAUGAAGAAAACGACGUGGACAAAGUUAAACUGGAUCAGGAGACCUUGACCGCAGAGAGCAAGUCCCAGUGUUGCUGACAUGGUUUCAGCAUCUGUCCCGCGUGCAGAAUGCAGUCUGCCUGGGCUGGAGCCAGUCCUGAGAAUGGAUAAGGUGGCGGGUGUGCUGUUCUGUGAGUCCUCCCGGGGCUGCACUUUAAAUGAAUGCUCUGGUUUUUCUUCGGGUUGGAUGAAUCUUUCUCCCUUUUCAGAACGACAGUGAUGGCACCCCUGGGAGCCUGCGCCCACAGGGGGGUUUUCUGGUGGUCACCAUGAGUUCAGGAUAAUGUUUACAUCCUCUGUAACAUCUUUUUAAAUGGUGGCCCCCCCCCCUUACCAAUUCCCAGUUGUGCCUUGUAGCGGCAGUGCUGGGAUGGUAAGAAACCUGACCUGCAGUCUUUGAGCAAGGCUAUGGGUCCCUGUCUUGUCUCCACAUUCCAGUCUCACUCUCCAGGGAGGCUGCAGACUCUGGUAGUCACAGAAGGCUUGAAGUUCCUGUUUUGCAGUUUUUCCUUUUUUUUUUUUUUCCUACUUCAAACUUUGAUACUUCAUGUAAAAUUGUUAUCCUUAAAUAUUAUAAUUUCAAGAGCCCUACCCAGGGUGGCAUGUCCUUGCCAAGGACUCAGCACACACAUGGCGCUGGGUUUCUAGCUCUGGUUUGGUUGCUGGCAGUUGGAAACAAUAUAAAUGAAUAUUCCUUCUCUCUCACUCCAGUUUUUUUUCCCCCCUUCUUCCUCCUGGUUGUUUAUUUUUGUACCUGAGAGCCUGGCUGGUAUUACUGUUGCAGUUCUCUCCAACUGGAGCUAGUCUUUUCAAAUCUGUAUUAGUAAUGGUCGCAGAGAGAAGUCACUUCAAAGCAUAUACAAUGAAAGCUGAGGUUCUGUAUUAUGAAUUAUGAAAGAAAAUAGGUCAUGUGUGGUUUUCUGUAAAGUUUGGGACAUUUAAAGGAUAGCACAUGAGAAACUUAAGGCAGCCUCAUAAUACUUGUAUUACCAUUUAACCCAGUUAAGGAAAAAAAUAAAUAUUUUGACUGAAA